AUGAAUUUUGACGGGGCUUCUUGGGGAAAUCUUGGAGCCUCAAGAGCAGGAUGCAUGAUUCACUCUUUUGAUGAAGUGGUAGAAGCUAAACAAGCCAAACCAUUAGCAGAGGAUACUAAUAAUGUCGCAGAAAUUCAAGUUGCUAUUGAAGGAUUAACACUUUGCGAGGAUUUUGGUCUUAAGAAAGUGGAAAUUGAAGGAGAAUUAGCUAUAAUUAUCAAUACUUUAAGGUUUGGUAAUACCCCAAAUUGGAGACUUAACUCUGUUUUAAGUAGGGCUAUUGAAUUGCUAAAAUGUUUAGACACUUGCACCAUUAAUCAUGUCUUUAGAGAAGCUAAUGGUAUGGUAGACCAAUUAACAAACAGGGGAGUAGAUGGUUUCAAUGAGAAACCUAUCAAAGAUCCAAGAUCCUCAGAGAUAAGAGAUCCAACAACAAAGUGA